GUGUCUCGAUUCUCAUUGGGAUUUCGUCCUCCGAAUCUGAUUCAUCCGAUUCAAUUCGCAAGGGGGCUAAUUUUCGUAGCCUGCGAGCUGGUUUAGGUUGCACAGGGGGAUCGUCUUCACUGUCACUACCUGCAUCCCGUUCAAAGCGAGUCCAAUCAUCUGUGUACCACUCACUUAUGAUCACAGUCGGCCUCGAAACCCGCCUCUCCUGGCUCAGCGUAUUUCCCAUGUCAUCUAGCACCAAGAUGUCCAUGUAUGGCGCAAACUGCUUGUUGAUCAAGGGCGUCAUCUUCGGCGAGCUCCGUCGCAACUUGAGAGGAAGUGCAACUUGGGGUGAUCGCGGUGUAUUGGCCGGUCGAACGCCAAGGGGCUGACGGGACGGUGUCCGUUUUGCGGGUCCGUCAUCGUCUCCGGCUUCGAUUCGGCGAAUCUGGGGGUGUUUUCGGGCAGGAGGAGACGCGCGACUUCUUCUGCUGACGUGGAUGACCUUGGGCGAAGGCGGUUUAGUCUUAGAUUUGGUCCUCGUCGCAGUGCCGACAAUAGUAUUCUCCCGCCGCUUCAUGCGUGAAACCACUGGGACCAUAACCUGCGUUGGAAGAUCGUCAAAUAUGGACGGAGGCGCCCUCGGGAAGCGUUCUUCUGCAUUGACGAUCCGGGUCUGGCGCUUGCCGUACGUAUGGACUUGUUUCGUGUGGUGACCAAGCAUGCGUGUGAUGAAGAAAGCGGCACACGCAACCACAGAGGCAAAGAUUCCGAGAAGGAUAAUAGUGGUGAGAUUGGGAUAGAUAGAUUUAGAUGUUGUUGCCCGCCUCAAGCCCUGUAGAUAACUGCAAUGAGGCACCAGCUAGUGGCAGAGCUGAAGUCAAACUAGAGUCACGUGAGCGCGAGUCGCGACACACAUGUGACGCUAAUCAGCGAUCGUAAAAUAAUUCACUUUCUCCGCUCUGCCAAAAUGUCUGGACCGCUGUGCAAGAAUCUCGUCUUGGAUGCAGGCCCACUCCUCUCUCUAUCGCCUUUAAGAGGUCUCGCGGAAACGUAUUACACGGUCCCUCAAGUUCUGGCUGAGCUGAAGGACAAAAAUGCUCGAGAGCAUUUCGAGCGUCUCGGAUUGACUGCUGGAGUCAAAGUUGAAGUUGCAGCGCCCGAUGCAGCCAGCCUGGCUAAUGUGAUCCAGUGGGCUAAAAAGACUGGAGAUUAUGCAGUCCUAUCGCACCCCGAUCUUUGCGUUCUGGCACUGACUUAUUCGCUGAAUCAGCGAGAAAAGUCUCUCACGAAGGAAAACACCGAAGAGAAGAUCAACGAUGCCCAAUCGACCAAGCCUAUCCCCUCACCGGAAUCAUCGGUAGCGCAUCCCAUAGAAAAAGACGAAGCUGUGGAAAUCGUGUCAGAGACUGAAGAUGGACCUCCAGAUUCCGAAUCAGACGAGGAAGCGACAUCCGAGGAUGAAGAUCUCGAGCCGUUGGAUGUCGAGCUGCAUCCACUAGACGACGGGGAUGACAAAGAAACUUCAGCUUCGCCUACACCCAGACCAUCCGCAUCUGAUGAGCCGAUCUUCGAAGAUCCAUCUGACGAGGACGACGGAGAAGGUGAAUGGAUCACCCCUGGCAAUGUUGCUCUGCACAAGUCCCGUGCUAUGGGCAUCCUGCCCGAUGACGAUGCAGACAGCAAGCGGAAGGGCAAGGGAAAAAUGAUAGAGCGUAUCAGCGUCGGGUGCAUGACCGCCGACUUCGCGAUGCAGAACGUCCUUCUGCAGAUGGGGUUGAAUCUGGUUGGCACGGAGGGUAAACGGAUACACAAAGUGAAGAGCUGGGUUCUUCGAUGUCACGCUUGCUUCAAAAUAUGCAAGGAUAACACCAAAAAGUUUUGUCCGUCAUGCGGCAACCCAACCCUCCUCCGUGCUUCUGUAACAAUCUCAAGCCCGGAUGCACCAACCGAUGCCCCGGUCAUGCAGGUGCAUCUCAAAUCGAACUUCCAGUAUCGCAUACGCGGCACGAAAUAUUCCAUUCCAGCCCCGAAACCGGGUUCCGCAAAAACCGGCACCGGAGAAGGACUGAUUCUGCGUGAGGACCAGACAGAAUGGAUCAGGGCGAAGAAGAUGGCCGACGGUCGUCGGGAGAGGGAAGAGACCAAAAUGAACAGGAGUCUCAUGUCGCAGAAGGGCAACGGAAUUGGCAGCUGGCUGGAUCCCGACUGGGUGCCGGAAAUGUUGUCUGUCGGCGCAGGCGGCAAAGGCCGUACUAACCGUCAUGCUGGAGACAUGCCCACGAUAGGUCAUGGGAGAAAGAAUCCGAACGAGAGGAGGAAGCGCAAAUGAGGCUAGUCACUUUACGAUUGUAACCUUGUAAUGGCUCCGCGAUUAUGAUGAUAUACAUGCGUUGUCUGUCAUACAACGUCCCGUUCACGCCAAGCUCCUGUUCAUGAACCGCCUCUUCUGGAACGACAUCCACCAUUUGCUCGGCUUCCCGGUUCCAUCCGCGUAGAGCCGUUCCACCAGGCGGGAAGCCAGUUCCUGGCGUACUUGAACAAGGUAUUGGCGCAGUGCAUCUGUGCAGCAUCAGUCACGGACAUCUACCAAGCUCAAAGACACAAACCCGCUUCCUGCCGGCUAGACGGGGGCGCGUAGUGUGCGUUCAAAGCAAAGUUGGCAUCGCCAGGGAUAGCGAAGUUGUCGACGGAAAGCGUGUUGAGGAAUUUCCCCGCCUCGAUUUGCGUCGGUACUGUGCGGUUCGAGCCGAUCUUGGCGAGGCAAUCGGAUAUGUAGAGGAUGAGGACGAUGAGGGUGCGGUCUGCGGGACCUUUGAUCUCAAAGUUGCGGAACAGGGAGUUGGCACGGAAGAGGUCGAGAGUUUCGUCUAUGAUGUCUGGCGUGUCUGGGUCCGCUGGAAGUAACGGAAAAGCUAUCUCGGCGGGGCACGUUGUUGAACGAAGUAACACACCAUUGGGAGCGGGGCCGCGCAGUUUGGUCUUGAUGGGUAGGAUAGCCAUAUUGCCUGCAAGACGCAUGUCGGGCUCUUCAUUGAAAGAUGAGUGAUAGGCCUUUCGAAUGUUUGAGUUGACGCAUCGGACGAGGUAGACGACUCACGGGCAUGAUUUGAGCGACUACACUGCGGUGGUUCAGGGUUCUGUAGAUGACGGAU